GAAUAGAUUGGUCGGUGGAUGAAAUAAGUUGAAUUAUCACGGCACUCAGUUAUACUCGAGUCCGCCAUAUCGCCAUAUCUACAGAAAUACAAAGAGUCUGGCCCAGAAAGGAUUGACGCCAUAAAAGAUUAAAUAAAAUAUAAAUAUCAGAAUUACAGAACAGAAAAAUUAAAAAAGAAAGAAUCAUGCAUAUGCGAACUCCUGUCUGUAAGGAGCUCAUUAUUGCGUUCUAUUUCGAAAACCUUACCUGUUAAACGUUUAAUUCGGUGAAGUACAAUUAAAUUGAAUGGUGGAUCCGCCUGGUACAUGUUGAGAUCUAUUAAAUUUUUGAAGCACAUCGAUUGAAAUACGAGGUUUACAUAUGUUGACUUUGCCAGAACUAGUUUUAUGUGAAGUCGGGAAUAAAUAGGAAUUUCCAUGGAGCUCUAAUUAGCAGGGAUGUGGAUAGAUAAGAGGAUUAUUUGGUGUUUUUGAUUGUAAAAAAUGGACGCGAUUCGUAAACAGGCAAGCAAAUUGCGGGAGCAAGUCGCCAAGCAGCAACAGGCAGUUCUCAAGCAGUUUACUGGACAUGGAUAUGGGAAUGAUGCAGUUGUCACUGAUGAGGCAGAACUUCUUCAUCAUCAACAACUUGAAAGGCUCUAUAUUUCUACUCGAGCAGCCAAGCAUUUUCAGCGUGAUGUUGUGCGAGGCAUUGAAGGCCUCAACUCUGCAGGCACAAAACAGAUGGAAUAUGCAACAAAGUUAGCUGAUGACUGCAUCAAAUAUGCAAAUGAUGGCCCUAAUUCAAAUACAGCACUUGCUAGAGUUUCACUAUACUUUGGGAAUUCUCGCAAUUCAAUGGAGAAAGAGAGGGAUAAGUUGCAUCACACGCUUGGUGUUCAGGUUGCAGAGCCCUUACGUGCAAUGGUUAUAGGAGCACCUUUGGAGGAUGCACGGCACUUGACUCAGCGUUAUGAUCGAAUACGACAGGAAGUGGAAGCUCAGAGAGCAGAGGUUGGAAGACGGCAGCUGAAGUCUAAGGAAGCUAGUGCAACUGUAGAUAAUACAGUGAAACUGCAGGCUGCAGAAUCAAAGUUGACAGAUCUUGUAUCUACAAUGUCAGCACUUGGGAAGGAGGCAGCUUCUGCUAUGAUGGCUGUUGAAGCUCAGCAGCAACGACUUACUCUUCAACGACUUAUUGCAAUGGUGGAGGCGGAAAGAUCCUACCAUCAGUAUGUGGCAGAAGUUCUUGACAAACUUCAUGCUCAGAUGGCUGCAGAGCGUCAACGCAGUGAAACUGUAGCAGUGGGUAAGUUGACUGAUGUGUAUAUACCACCUCCAUCAUAUGAGGAGGUCAAAGCAAAUGGUUCUGGCCAUGUUGUGAUUGGAAGUGCCACCCAGAAAGCUAUGUAUUUUCUGGCAGAAGUCAUACACUCUUUUGAUGCCGAAGCGGAUGGAGAACUCAGCAUCUCUGGUGGUGAUUAUGUUGUAGUUCGUCAGGUUACACAAACGGGUUGGUCUGAAGGCGAAUCAAAGGGAAAAGCAGGAUGGUUUCCAUCCGCUUACGUGGAGCGACGUGAGAAAGCUCCAGUGAGUAAGAUAGGCGAGGCUGGCAUGGGACUUACUUGAUUACUUCUCGUGAUGCUGUUGUAAUGCGAUAUGGAAUCUGAAUGUGUUUGUCUGUGCUCUUUUGAGCAUCAGUUUUACUUGUGGAAACUUUUUCAUGUAUUCUGAUUUCCCGAGUAUGUAUAUUUUUAGCUUUCAACAAAAAGUUUAAUUUAUUCUUUUCAAGUUUUCAACCUGCCUCAUUCAAGGGAUGCCUUACAAACCUCAAAAGGUUUUUAUGUUUCAUGUCUGAAGAUUGAUCACCCUUCUACUGCCCUCUGUAAUACAAGAUGCAGUAAUUUUUUUCAAA